CGACAUUCUGCCCAUUGUCUCCAUCAUGCGUGCCCAUACUGCCAGCCUCUCCCUCCAUAGAUGACCUCAACAACGAGGAAAACCUGGCUCGACAUUGAAGUAUAGGAGCACCUUGAGGCGAGGGUUGGAUUUCAACUCGUUCUUGGAAGACGAAGAAAGAGCGCUCGUACCGACACCGGCUUCAGAUGGUGAGCUCACGGGCACAGGAGGGCUCAGCACCACCACUGGCAUGCGGACAGGGGGGCGCGACGUCGCAAGCUCCAGCAUGGGCCGCGAUAGGGCUGGGCCUGGACUCGCCACCGCGAGCCUCGACAUGGUGAGCACUGGGCGCGGCCUCACCACCGCGAGCACUACGCGCGACAGAGCACGAAGUCGGAAUAGUAGCGUUGUGUGCAACAUUGGCUCUUUGUCCGCAGGGCGCGGCAAUGGCGCCACGAUCGCAGGGCCCGGUGUCACCACACCGAAUGAAGCUACGGCUCAUGUGGCAGACGUUAUUUUCGAUGGAGUACCACAGUCCGAGAAAGGAUCCGGACGUGGAAAGUGGCCAUCACAAGGUUCGCAAGGGUCUGUUCGUUUUAUUCGUGGCCACGAACAUGGGAGCGCCCUGCGCCUACAAGCCUCCACGAUCUAAUUUAAUUGAUGUGGGCGAUUCGCAACCCAACGAAGAGGAACAACAUGCUGAACCACUAAUUGAAAACAAUAAUGAAGUUAUGACAAAGCAGCUUGGACUUUUGAGAACACUAGAGGGUUUUGUGAAAUUUGUAUCCAAGAAAUCAAUGCUGGUAAUAGGUCGAAUGACAUCAUGACUACCCGUGGUCACAACAACAUAGCUGAAAAGUACAAGAUAGCAACAUGACUGCACCAUUCAAGGCUUCAAUUGAAGAAUAAAUUGGACUUACUGAAAGGUCGACAUGAAUAAUAUUCGAGAUCAAAUUGCUGCAUUGUUUGCUAGAAGACUGUAAUUUUAUUUAUAUAUACUUUCUUUUGGCCAAAUAAGAUGUACCAACUGGCACAAUUCUAUUUUCGUAUCUUUAAAUGUAUGAUCGUUACAAUGCCAUAAUUGCAAAAAAUCAAAUAAACAAAUAAGGGCAUUUUUUA